AAAACCCACCAUAAGUUAGUUUUGUUUCCAGUUUAUUCUAUCGUUCAUCAUUGGCAGGGGAGGAAUAUUUCAAUGAGGUUAAUAGUGGGACUGCUGUUGGUGGCAGGGGUUUCAAUAACUUCGGCCGUAUUGUUUCCCUACGAAGUGCAGGAAUCUCACUUCGCUUACCAGCUGAAAAGUUUCCGACAAUCAUUGGAUGAGUGUGCUGAAUAUUUAGAAAUUCCUCCGGAGGUUGUGGAUCGUUUGUUGGCGUUCAACUUUUUAACACACGAUAGGGAUCUGAAGUGUUUGAUCCGGUGUGCUGGUAUCAAUUCUGGAUGGUGGAAUGAAUUGACAGGAGUGCAAAGUCCAGUAAUCGAGAGCUACUUCCAACCUGCGUGUGGUGAUGUCAGCUAUCGCAGACGUACUCAGGAGUGCAUUGAUUCAAAGCUGGUGGCUUGUCAGGAUGAUUGCUCGAGAGCAUAUGAAUCAUUCUUGUGCUAUUUCCAUCAGUACGGAAACCUCAAGUGUUCGGAAGAGUACAUCCCACUGUCACAGUUGGAAGCGGUUCAAGCUGCAGUUGAUUGCAUCAAAAUUCUACAAAUUCCCCGUGAGCUACUCGAGCAAUACAGCAGUGGAAUUAUUCCUGAUGUGCCCGCUACUCAUUGCAUGUACCGCUGCCAAUAUCUGGCUGAGGGAUUGUAUGACAGUCAAUAUGGUUUGAAUUUGACCCGCUUCUACAUCCGGCACCAUGAUCUGCCAUCCUUGGACUACCUGACAGAGAACGCCAAAGCUUGCACUGAGAUCGCUCUGCGAGAGAGUUGCGAUGAGUGCGCCAGGGUAUUCGGUGCAAUGAAAUGUCUUCCAAGUUGUCACGAGCCAAGUUACACUGCUAACGUUUUUAGACAGGCGGCUGGUAUUCUGUUGGGUUGCAACGAAAAUGGAAUUAUUUUGCCGCUCAAUGACAUUCCCAACAUAGUGAGACCUCUAGAGCCUAUCAUCGAACCAAUUCCUUAUGUGCCCUCACGACCACCCUUUCCUUCGCCACCAAUCGUUCUACCGCAGCCAGUUCCUGCUCCACCGCAGAUAGCGCUUGCACCGAAACCGCUACCUCCACCUCAAGCUAUCGUUCAUACACAGUCAUACAUUCCAUUACCACCCAAUCCACCACCAAUACGACAUAUUGCAUCCCCACAACCACAUCGGUUCCCGUCACCAGUUGUCGUACGUCGACCAGUGAUCGCACCACAACCGGACUUUCAGCCGCAGAUAGACGAACCGCAGCUUCCAGUCGGUCCACCGGUUCCAAUCGAACGGCUUCCGCUUCCUGGCGGUCCACCGGUUCCAAUCGAACGUCCAAUCGAACGACUUCCGCUUCCAGUCGGUCCACCGGUUCCAAUCGAACGACCAAUCGAACGACUUCCGCUUCCAGGCAGUCCGCCACACCCAUUCUUCUCGAAACAGCAAUACUUUACUCCUUACUCACCACCAAGACCAGUCUGCAGACACUGCAAUGGACUACUUCCAGCAGCAGGUUGUAAACAUUGCAAUUCGUGAGAUGGAUAGAUGAAAUAACCGAACCGACGGACUAUUUAUUUUCUAACUUAUUUAUUAAUUAUAUCUCGAUGAAGAAAUGCUGGCAUCUACUUGUUAUUAGUGUUUUGUUAUCUGAAUGUUAUGAUUGUAACGAAACAACAUAGUGCAUUAAAGUAUGACUUAAUUUAUUCACCAGGUUGAUAUGAAAAUAUACUUAUUUACGAACUAUCGAUUA